GGAGUUGCGCAACCAGUCCAGCCACGGGGGGAGGAAAGAAGAAAUCAGAAAUGAAAGAGCGUCCCACGUGAUUUCUCCACAACUGCGAGUUUUCUUUCUUAAAGAUUGUUUCGUGCCCGGCGCGACCAGGACCUAAGAGCCGCUGCUGCGGAGCUUCACAUUGAACUCUGAAUGUCGCAAUAGGUUGGGCUCAACCCCUCGUCCCGAAGCUGAGUUGGAGCUGAGCCUCAUUAUGAGAUGUCGUCUCCCAGGGCAUCCUUCGUCCACAUCAAGUUCGAUGACAUCCUCUUCUAUGAGAACUGCGGCGGCGGCAGCUUCGGGAGCGUGUACCGGGCCAGGUGGAUCUCCCAGGACAAAGAGGUGGCGGUGAAGAAACUGCUGAAGAUUGAGAACGAGGCGGAAAUCCUCAGCGUCCUCAGCCAUCGGAACAUCAUCCAGUUUUAUGGUGCGAUUGUUGAGGCUCCCAACUAUGGAAUCGUCACUGAGUAUGCAAGCAGUGGCUCCCUGUACGAUUACCUGUCAAGCGAUGAGAGCGAGGAGAUGGACAUGGGGCAGAUCAUGAGCUGGGCUGCAGAGAUAGCUAAAGGAAUGCAUUAUUUACAUUCAGAGGCCCCGAUUAAGGUGAUCCACCGAGACCUGAAAUCCAGGAAUGUUGUUUUGGGCGCAGACAAAGUUCUCAAGAUCUGUGAUUUUGGGGCAUCUAAGUUCUUAUCCCACACAACGCAUAUGUCUUUGGUGGGAACGUUUCCCUGGAUGGCUCCAGAGGUUAUCCAGAGCCUCCCUGUGUCAGAAACAUGCGACACCUUCUCCUAUGGUGUGGUGCUUUGGGAAAUGCUAACCCGGGAAAUUCCCUUUAAAGGCCUUGAAGGCUUACAAGUAGCCUGGCUCGUGGUGGAGAAAAAUGAGAGGCUCACCGUCCCCAGCUGCUGUCCUUCCAGCUUUGCAGAGCUCAUGAGAAAGUGCUGGGCUGCAGAGCCAAAGGAAAGGCCGAUGUUCAAGCAGAUCCUAAACACUUUGGAGUCGAUGUCUAAAGACAGCCAACUUCCCCAACAGUGCAACUCUUUCCUCCACAAUAAGGCUGAAUGGAGGUGUGAGAUUGAAGCUACUCUUGAGCGGCUGAAGAAGUUGGAGAGGGACCUCAGCACCAAGGAGCAGGAGCUGAAGGAGCGGGAGCGCCGUCUGAAGAUGUGGGAGCGCAAACUCGUCGAACAGUCAAACACUCCGUUGCUACCCACCCUUGACAUAUACACCUGGACAGAGGAGCAUGUGUAUUUCUGGAUCGCGCAUUUAUUUGGUGCAGGUGAUGGCACGUGUGACAUGCAGCUUUACGCCAACCUAUUUAAAGAAAACCACAUCACCGGGGAGAGGUUGCUGCUGCUCACGGACUCCGACAUGAGAGACAUGGGAGUCAAGUCCAAAGGCCACGUCAUGCACCUUAAGGCGGAGAUUGAAAAGUUAACCAAUGAUUACCUCGGGUUUCUCCACUUCCCACCACUGCUGAAGGAUGAGCUGGAAAAGGAGGUGGAACAGAGUAAAACCAUCAGUCUGGAGCUGGUGUUUGGGUACCACUGGAAACCAGGAACAGGAAAGUCUGACUGCAAAUGGAAAAUGUACAUGGAGCUUGAUGGAGACGAGGUUGCCGUAACCUACAUCAGAGAUGUCAUCUUUAAUGCCAACAGACCGGAUGUGGAAGUCCUGCGGAUGACUAAGCCACCUUUUCUGAUGGAGAAAUGGAUCAUUGGAUUGGAACAGAACCAGAAAAUAGAGUACAUAGUCAAUUAUGAGAAUGAUGUCAAGUCACCAAAGUCGACUAGACACAGCAGCUUGUUGGUGUGGACCCAUAGUGGCGGACAAGAUGAGAUAAAAAACUUGGAGCUGGUCAUUGAAACGGCUCCAGUUACCUCGGACCCCAGAGACAGAACAGACUGCAAUUUUGAUCCUGCGUGGAUGAACAAUGUAAGGCACAAGCACAUGAUGACCCAGAAGUCACAGCAGAAGACGGCACGUCUGAACAGCUCCGAUGCCCGCACUCUGCCUCAGUUCCUCUCUGCGCAUGAAAGCGAAGCGUUUUCCUACGCCGCCGCCGUGCGCCGCUCUCCGAACCACCUUCGUCCCACUCCCUGGAGCGACUCUCGCUGCUCGUCGCCGACUGCCAGCUUGUCAGCCAAACUGUUGCCGCUCAGCCUCGGGUCAAAGGGCAGCAGUCCCUCCAGUACUACGUCGGAGAGCACGUUGGAGCGGGAGCGCCCACGCAGCGCCGGAGCACUGUACGACCACCGGAGGAACAGCUACCUCAGCAGGACGUUAGCACCAGGAGGGGGACACGGGAGGGGGCACGGGUGGACAAACAACAGAGGAAGCAGUAAGAGUGGAAAAGGCUCACGGCAGCAGGGGAGGCCACGAUCAAAUAAUUACGGCGUCACACCUCAGAGCCGCCCACCACCAAUACCGGGUAUAUUGUCUGUGACAGGAAACCCUAGUGAGGAAAAAGAGGGGGGCAAAGCCAGCGAUGGAGGGUGGAUCAAAGUGGAGCGACAUAAAAAACCACCACGUCAGGACAAUAAGCCAGUCAGAGGUCGAGCGAGGAGAGAAGGAAGGGGAGGACGUGGCGCUGGAGGAAGAUCUUAAUGUGGACCACAUAUGAGCCAACAGCUUCUUCUAUCAGAACAUGAAUUACAUAAAGUGUAUGUUGGAAGAAAACCAUACUGAGGUGUAGAAUGUAUCAGUGAAGCUUUGACUACUUUUAUAUGAACUUUUUUAGGAUAAAAUUAAUGAGUCUGUAUGCUCAAGGUAUAUUUAUUAUGCAAAAACAGAUAAUUAUGUAUUUUAUUCAUUUUAGUUUAUGGGCUGAAUGGAACAUGAUAUCCACUAUUUGUUUUAUGCAAAUAGCAGCUAAAGACCAAAAUAAAAUAAAAAGAAGAGUUCAGAAGUUU